CAUUUCGAUAGUAUCGAGAUAUUCAUAAUAUAUAAUGUAAAUGGUUGUUCAUGCAUUGAUGGCUAAACAAACUGAUCACAGAUUCAUAUCCUCAAUGGAGUUCACUUUCGCUUCGUUUCAAACCAUUUUCUCAUUCCUCUUCGUGUUGCUAGUAAUCAAAACCUUGAACCGAUCAAGAACAAAUCGUUCAACUCCCAAUCUACCUCCUGGGCCACGAAAGCUGCCGUUCAUAGGAAACAUUCUCGAUGCUGCGGGCCCACUUCCGCAUCAUACUUUGGGGAAGUUAGCGAAGAAAUAUGGACCGUUGAUGCACCUACAACUUGGAGAGAACUCCACCAUCGUCGCCUCGUCAGCAAAAACUGCAAAAGAGGUUAUGAAAACUCAUGAUUUAAACUUUGCGUAUCGUCCUUUUCUUCUUGCGGCACAUAUCCUAGCUUAUAAAUCAACAAACAUUAUGUUUUCACCUUAUGGAGAUUAUUGGAGACAACUCAGAAGGAUUUGCAAUACGGAGCUUUUAAGUUCAAAACAUGUGCAAUCACUUAGACCGAUAAGAGAACAAGAGGUCUCCAAUCUCAUCCACACGAUCUCUAAACGAUCAGGAUCUGUAAUUGAUCUUAGUGAAUUUAUUUAUGCGCUAACAUAUGGGAUUACUACACGAUCAGUGUUUGGAAAGAAGGUGAAGCAUCAAGAAGCACUCAUAUCACUCGUUGGUGAAUCUAUAGCGUCUGCUGGUGGAUUUACUCUUACUGAUCUUUAUCCUUCUUCUAAAGUUAUCUCGUUUCUUAGUGGCUUUAGGCCAAAACUUGAAAAGAUGCAUCAGAGACUUGAUAAGAUGUUGAAUGACGUCAUUGAAGAGCACAAAACAAAUGAAGAUGGACAAGGAGAUGCGAAUCAUCUGCUUGUUGACGCUCUUUUGAAAGUCCAGGAGUGUGGCAAUCUUGAAGUUCCGUUGACCGUUGAUAAUAUCAAAGCGAUUAUCUUGGAUGUAAUAGGUGCUGGUAGUGACACGUCAUCAACGGUCAUAGAGUGGGCAAUGUCAGAGCUUCUAAGGAACCCAAGCAUAAUGGAGAAGGCUCAAACCGAGGUCAGACGAGUUUUCAGCACAAAGUCAACCGUCGAUGAAACCGACAUCCAAUCAUUGGACUUCUUAAAGAUGGUCAUCAAAGAAACCUUAAGAUUACACCCUCCUGCACCAUUGAUGCUGCCAAUGGAAAACCGGGAGAAAUGUGAAAUCAAUGGGUAUGAGAUUCCAAUGAAGACUAAAGUGGUUGUGAAUGUGUGGGCCAUUGGUAGAGAUCCAAACUACUGGAAAGAACCAGAAAGAUUUCAUCCAGAAAGAUUUGUUAAUAGUUCAGUAGAUUAUAGAGGGCUUGAUUUUGAGUAUAUACCUUUUGGUGCUGGAAGGAGGAUAUGCCCAGGUAUAUCAUUUGGAUUAGCCAAUCUCGAGCUGCCGCUUGCCUCUUUACUUUAUCAUUUUGACUGGAAAUUAGCAAAUGAAAGUAUGAAGAGCCAAGAUCUUGAUAUGACUGAAUCUUUUGGUGCAACUGUUAAAAGGAAAAGUGUCCUUAAACUUGUACCAACUGUUGUUCAUCCUCCUGCUUAGGGUGAAAUUCUGUAAUAUGUUAUAAAAGAUCAUGUGUGGAUUUGCAUUUGUUGUUUAAAGCUGUAAGUGACACAAAUAAGUAAUCAUAUUUUUUUUGUUUGAAGAUAAUAGUUUA